AUGUCUGAAUGGAGGUGCCUCAGCUGUGUUACUGUUUUGCUGACCAUCUUCCUAGACCUAACACACCAGGGACCCCAUGGCUCUGCCUCGUCCAACAGCAAGUUGUUGAUGACGAGCUAUUCCGUACAUUCCACUGUGGUGUCUCGUUAUGCACACACUUUGGUCACCUCUAUCCUCUGCAAUCCCCAUGAUGAGGCCCAUGAAGCCACCUUUGACCUGGAUCUACCUCGAGUUGCCUUUAUCUCCAAUUUCACGAUGACAAUCGACAAUAAAGUCUAUGUUGCAGAAAUCAAGGAAAAACACCAGGCAAAGAAAAUCUAUGACAAAGCCUAUCAGCAAGGAAAGACAGCUGCUCAUGUAGGCAUCAGGGACCGGGAAUCAGAAAAAUUUCGAAUCUCCACUAGGCUGGCAGCAGGCACAGAGGUAACUUUUGCCCUCGCGUAUGAAGAACUUCUACAACGACAUCAGGGCCGGUACCAGUUGGUGGUAAGCCUGAGGCCUGGACAGUUGGUGAGGAAGCUGAAUGUAGACAUCACGGUGUCUGAAAGGACAGGCAUUGCCUAUGUGCACAUACCUCCACUGAGGACCAGCCGAGUGUGCACCAACAACCAAACAAGUGAGGGUGACGUGCCCCCAUCCACCAGGAUACAGAGAGGAGAGACCUGUGUCCACAUCACCUUCUCCCCAACACUGCAAGACCAGUCUGCCUUCUCCAGAUCAGGCAUCAUGGCCGACUUCACGGUCCACUAUGAUGUGGCCAUGGAGGACAUCAUUGGAGACGUGCAGAUCUAUGGUGGCUAUUUUAUUCACUACUUUGCCCCCAGAGGCCUCCUGCCAGUGGAGAAGAAUGUGGUAUUUGUUAUAGAUGUGAGCGGCUCCAUGUUUGGAACUAAGUUGCAACAGACUAAAAAGGCCAUGAACACGAUCCUCAGUGACAUGCAAGCUAGUGACUACUUCAAUAUCAUUUCCUUUUCUGACAAAGUUAACAUCUGGAAAGCCGAAGGCUCGAUCCAAGCCACUGUCCAGAAUAUCCACAGUGCUAAAAACUACCUGAGUCGCAUGGAAGCAGAUGGCUGGACCGACAUCAACGCUGCUCUGCUGGCAGCUGCUUCAGUGCUGAACCAUAGAAACCAGGAGCCUGGAAAGGGCCGUGGUGUGGGGCAGAUUCCUCUUAUCAUGUUCCUGACAGAUGGGGAGCCCACAGCCGGCGUGACAACUCCCAGUGUGAUCCUUUCCAACAUCCGUCAGGCAUUGGGCCACAGGGUAUCUCUUUUCAGCUUGGCCUUUGGGGAUGAUGCUGACUUCUCACUGCUGCGCCGUUUGUCCCUGGAGAACCAGGGAGAAGCAAGACGCAUAUAUGAGGACAGUGAUGCAGCUCUGCAACUAGAGGGUUUCUAUGAUGAGAUUUCCAAGCCUCUGCUGGCAGAUGUGCGCUUGGACUAUUUGGGGGGCUUGGUUGGGGCCUCCCCUAGGGCCCAUUUCCCUAACUAUUUUUGUGGCUCAGAGUUGGUGGUAGCUGGCAAGGUGCAACCAGGUGAGCAGGAGCUGGGCAUCCACCUAGCAGCCCGUGGCCCCAAUGGUCAGCUUCUUGUGGCCCGCCAUAGUGAAGAAGCCACCAACAGCAGCCAGAAAGCCUUUGGUUGCCCGGGGAAACCUGCCCUCAAUGUGGCACAUUUUAUCCGCCGCCUGUGGGCUUAUGUCACGAUUGGGGAGCUGCUGGAGGCACGCUUCCAAGCCCGGGACACUACCACUCGCCGUCUGCUGGCUGCCAAAGCCCUCAACCUAUCCCUUCAAUACAACUUUGUCACACCUCUGACCUCACUGGUCGUGGUGCACCUCGAGAAGACCAAUGAGAAAUCCAUGAGCCAGCCAGCCACUACAGCUGAGACAAGCACAGUCACACCCUCAUCCAGCAAAAGCCUUGGCCUAGGAGCAGGCACAGCUCAACCAGCCUCAGUCCUUGAGGUCUCUUCUAAAUCAAGGCCCAUGAAACCAACCUCAACUAUUACUGCCCCUAAAAAGAAAGUGCCCAGUUCCAAGGGGCAGGGGGCACUGAGUCAGUGUUCUAAUAGCCCACCAACUUCAGUACAACCAAAGUCCCAAAUUCCAGCACAAGAUUCCAGUACCUUGGCACUGCCAACUUUGAAGAUGAAACCUCUUGCCCCUGUGCCUUCAAGUUCUAAUGUCCCAUUGCCUCUGAAGCCCAGCGCUUCAUCACACCAGAAUCCUGGUGUUAUAUCACUUGUUAAUUCUAGGACACAUGUCCUACCUCUGAAUCCUGUCACCCCUGCCCAGCCCAAAGGUAGCACUAUGAAACAUUUUAAUCCAUUUACUCCUUCCAAACUUCCUGCUUCAUCAGAUGCCCAACCUACACCAGAUGCCCCAUCAUACCCUCAACCUGGGGAAUCCAUAUCACAGACACUCCAAAGCCUGCCACAGCCCAAAUCUAUCUCCACAUUUCAGAAAUCCAAACACCUAUUGCACCUCAGCUCCAAGGGUCUUGUUCCCAAGACUCCCCCAAAUUUACCACACCCUAGAUCAGGGAUUGUCUUGCCCAAGUCUCCUAAAAUUCCUUCAUCUCCUAAAUCUAGUGUCUCAUCUCACCAAACUUCUACUAGCUUACCACUUUCCAAGUCCAGAACCCCAACUCCCUAUAACGCCCAAAUCCCACUACCUGCCAGGCCCAGGCCACUGGUUCCUCAGAGUCUCGGCACAUUUUCGAACACACUCUCGGGUUCCACAAGUCCCAGCAGUACUGUGCCAACAUCUAGUCCUGGGGAACCUCUCCCUUCUUCCUUUACCCCUACUCCGAUCUCUCUGCUGCCCACUGCAAGACUCUGGCAUCAGCAAGAGCCGCUACUAGGACUCAAGAGCACCAGCACUCCCCCUGAGGCUAUCAGUCUUCAUCUUCUCCCAGAGAAGCUCCAGUUGCUGCCAGAGUCAGUGGGAGAGUCCAAGUUCGUGGAGUCCUUGAACCCACCAGUCUUCUAUACGUUUCUCACUCCUGACAGAGAUGGAAGUCCACACUGGGAUGGCAAUUCUGAGAGGAUCCUGGGAGGAACUGAACAUGAUAUGGACUCCAAGAAAAGUUCCGUGGAGCUAGCAAAAGGCACAUUGCCAGGCAUCUUCACCUUCUCGUCCUCUGUGGAUGGGGACCCCCACUUUGUGAUCCACAUUCCUCACUCAGGAGAGAAGAUCUGCUUCACACUGGAUGGGCGCCCAGGGGACCUACUGCAGCUCAUAGAGGACCCUAAGGCAGGGUUGCAUGUGAGUGGGAAGUUGCUUGGAGCACCACCAAGGCCAGGCCAUGAGGACCAGACCCGUACAUACUUCCAGAUCAUCACAGUCACUUCAGAUAAACCCCGGGCCUACACUAUUACAAUAAGCCGCAGUUCCAUAUCUGUGCAAGGUGAGGGUACCUUGAACUUACCCUGGGACCAACCCGCCCUGGUGAAGAAGCCCCAACUGGAGCUCCAUGUCGCUUCUGCAGCCCAUCUCACCCUCCAGCUUGGGCCCCACCUCAACUUCCUCAUCCUUCGUCACCACUACAGACACCCCAGCACACUACAACUACCCCAUUUGGGGUUCUAUGUGGCCAAUGGCUCAGGCCUCAGCCCCUCAGCCCAUGGCCUGAUGGGACAGUUUCAGCACACAGAUAUCCGGCUGGUAACAGGACCUACUGGGUCUUAUAUACAGAAGCACCAGGGCCCAGAUGUGCCAGUGGUACUAGGCAAGAAGCUGCUGAAAGAGUCACCAAGGCUUCAUCCCCGCUGGACUUCAUGCUGGCUGGUGAAACGCUCUCAUGUAGAACAGCUGCUGGGUCGGCCCUACCUUGCCUAUGUUCUGUGA